GCAACACAAUGAAGGUCUCCAUCCUUCUCCCUCUUACUGUCCUGAUUUCCUUUGCCGCAGCUGCAGAGUCCGGCUCGUGCCUGCAAAACUGCCUGACCAAGGCUGGUAGCGCAACCGGCUGCAAGGAUAUCUCGUGCGCUUGCUCCGACGCACAAUUCAAGAGCCAGGUGCAGAACUGCGCGUCCUCGUGCCCUGCAGGGGAUAAGGAUGCCGCCAAGAAACUGCAGCAGCAGUGCUAAUGACUGACGGCCUGCGACAUGAGACUCGGGGUGGACGGU